AUGGAAUUAUUCUUCGUCAUUGUUCUUCGUCAUCUCCGUCCAAUGCAACGUGAUUGCAAGGACAUUUUGCGGAAGUUCAAUCCAAAUCUGAAAGGACUGUCACACACUGUGCCCCGUGAAAUACACGGCUUCAAUGUCGCCCUCAGUGGAUCAAAUAGUAGUCAGAUGCCUGAUCAAGCAACAGCGCUAAUUGAAGAAUAUCAAAAGCAAGGGGAGGACUAUUUCAAGUCGUGGAAGCUGAUUUUCAUUUUUGUUGGCAACAAUGAUCUUGGAAAUACGCUUUGUCUACAAACCUUUAGAUUCAAAAACCAAUUAUUUCUCGGAAACCAGCGAUAUCCGACAACAAAGGAGGAUUAUAAGAGUUAUCUUGAAGAAUCGAUAACCAUUCUGAGAAAACUACCAAAAACAAUAAUAGCAUUAAUUCCUAUGUGGGAUCCCCACCUUGCAAUGGAGGCAGAAUUUCUAAUAGCUAAGCAAAACGCAGUAUGCUGGACAGACAAAGUAAAUGCGAGACUCCGCAAGGAAAUAUCUCGUCAGUACGCUGAAGUUGCGUAUGAAAUCCAAAACGAAAGAAAAUUUGAUUCAAAGAAUUUCACAGUUGUUGUUCAAGGGUUCAUGGACAAACUUCUGGAACCAGUAAAGGAAAAAAGUGGUGAAUACAACAAAAAUUUCUACGCUCAUGACUUAUUUCACCUGAGCAAAUAUGGAAAUGCUGUAAUGGCUCUGCACUUGUGGAAUUGCCUGCUGGAGCCUGUUGGAAAGAAAAAUCAGAGAGCAGAUCUCAGCAAUGAUUAUUACGCUUUACAGUGCCCUAAGCAGCCUCAGCCUUACAUCAGAACACUCGGUAACAGUUAA